AUGAAGUUCCCACUGAGCCUUGUUGCAAGCCUUGCACUGCUCGAGCACGCAACAAGCGCGGCUUCAGCGUACUGCUCCAACUCAGGCGGAAACUACAAACUAUCCUCUGUAGCUGCACCAGUUCAGGGGUCAGGCAAUCCUGGGUCAGAAUCUACCUGGAAAUUGAGUGUUGACGAUACAGCUACCGGCCACAAACAGACCAUUGUAGGAUUUGGCGCUGCUGUUACUGAUGCAACUGUUACUUCCUUCAACACACUUUCCAGCUCUUCUCUCCAAGAAUUGCUCAAUGAGCUGAUGACGUCCAAUGGCGCGAACUUUGCUUUAAUGCGCCACACUAUUGGGGCAUCGGACCUUUCUGGUGACCCAGCAUAUACCUAUGAUGACAAUGGGGGCACAGUUGACGAGGCGUUUACGGGUUUCAAUCUAGGGGACCGAGGUACAGCCAUGGCAUCCUUACUAGCCACUAUGAAGUCCCUCCAGCCAAAGCUGAAAAUCCUUGGGUCCCCUUGGAGUGCACCUGGGUGGAUGAAGAUCAAUGGUGUGCUUAGUGGAAAUACUGCCAACAACAACUUGAACGAUGGAUACCUCACCAGCGCAGGUUUAGGGAGUGUUGGAUAUGCAAGUGCAUUUGCUCGGUACUUCGUCAAAUAUAUCCAGGCGUACAAGCAGCUUGGUGCGCAAAUUGACGCGAUAACUAUCCAAAACGAGCCGCUCAAUAGUCAAUCGGGAUAUCCAACAAUGUAUGUCUACGACUAUGAAGCUGGGCAGUUGAUUCGGGACUAUAUUGGUCCGGAGAUUAGCAAGGCAGGACUGAGUACCGAGAUUUGGGCUUAUGACCAUAAUACUGAUGUUCCAUCCUAUCCCCAAACGGUGAUAAACGAGGCCGGCCAGUACGUCAGCUCCGUGGCCUGGCAUUGCUAUGCAUCAAAUGUGGAUUGGGGUGUGCUUUCAGAAUUCCAUACCACCAAUCCUAAUGUAAAGCAGUACAUGACCGAGUGCUGGACCCCAGCAUCGGCGGCUUGGAAUCAGGCAGCAGACUUUACCAUGGGGCCAUUGCAGAACUGGGCCUCGGGAGUCGCAGCCUGGACUCUAGGCACAAAUGCUCAAGAUGGACCUCAUCUCACAAGCGGGGGGUGUGAUGCCUGCCAGGGCUUGGUGACUGUGGAAAACGGGAGUUACAGAUUUAAUAUGGCUUAUUAUAUGAUGGCCCAAUUCAGCAAAUUCAUGCCAUCAGGUGCCAUUGUGCUUAAUGGCAGUGGCAGUUAUACUUAUUCCAGCGGUGGUGGAAUUCAAUCAGUUGCUUCGAUCAAUCCCGAUGGCACGCGGACUGUGGUUAUUACCAAUACAUUUGGAAAUGACAUUUACCUCAGUGUGUCCAUGAAGAGUGGUGAUGAAUGGAGCGGUAAUAUUCCUAGCGAAUCAGUCACCACAUGGGUGCUACCAGCGGCCGAGUAA